UGGGUGUGCGGUCGUGCUCGGGAGCGCGUGUCUCGCUCGGCGUGUCCCUCUGCCUCGGCGCCGCUGUGGCACGGAGCGGGGAGGAGGAAGGUUGCCCGGUGCGGGCGCAUGUGAUGGCUGCUGCCCACGUCUUCUCAGCAAACCUGCCGAGGCGGGCAGGAUCCCGCCUCCCGCAGUGCGGGGCACACCGGGCCGGGCGCUGUGGUGAAGGGGCGCGCUGAGGCGUUCAGGUAGCGAGGGAGGUUGAAAUGCGUGUUUUAAUUAAAAACAUUUAGAAAAGGAAAAAAAAAAAAAAUCAGCGCAGAGCGCCAGGGACGUUAGGAAGGAGCCUCAGUCGUGUCGGCGCUGGGAAGUGACGGGAUGGGGCCGCUGGCUCCGCCUGCCCUCAGGACAGCGCUAACUUGGAGCUGUGCUGCCGGCUGGGCUAACGCAGGUCAGAGCGAACCUGGCACAGCGCAGCCCGCAGCUAAACAGGUGCACGCGACAAUGCAGAUUCCAGUUUUUACAGUUGAUGCAUUUACAAACCGAGCAUUUUCUGGAAAUCCUGCGGCAGUUUGUCUACUUGAAAAUGACCUGGAUGAAGAUUUGCACCAAAAAAUUGCAACAGAAAUGAACCUUUCAGAAACAGCUUUCAUCAGAAAACUGAAACCUGGAGAUGACUUUACCAAAAGUUCCUGCUUUGGGCUCAGAUGGUUCACCCCAGCCAAUGAAGUUCCUCUCUGUGGUCAUGCUACUCUUGCAUCAGCUGCUGUGUUAUUUCACGUACAAAAAAAUACAAAUUCAGUUCUCACGUUUGUGACACUGAGUGGGGAAUUAAAGGCCAGACAAGUGAAAGAUCAUAUUGUCCUGGACUUGCCACUUUACACAGCCUACCCCCAGGAACUUAAGGAAGUAGAAGAAUUAAUAAAGGCAGCUGUUGGUGACAUGAUUGUUCAAGAUGUCCGUUACUCUCCUGACACAAAGAAACUCUUAGUCCGCCUCAGUGAUACUUAUGAGAGGUCUGUGUUGGAAAACUUGAAAGUGAGUGCACAACACUUUUUGUCAGCUGAAAAGACAGGAAAAGUGAAAGGACUCAUACUCACUGUUAAGGGGAAUUCCAGUGGAAAAGGCCACGAUUUUUACUCCAGAUAUUUUGCACCUUGGUAUGGAAUUCUGGAAGACCCUGUUACAGGAUCUGCUCAUGCUGUUUUAAGCAGCUACUGGUCAGAGCAGCUGGGGAAGAAAGAAAUGCUUGUUUGUAGAAUUCAGAAGAAAACUCCACUGAAAUCUGAUAGAAUGCUGACUUUCAAGACUCUUGAAAUCCUGAAAUAAUAAGGAAUGAAGAGGAACAAUCAGCUUCAUGGGAGAAAAAAAGCAAAUACCUAGCUUUCAGAUAUCAAACGUUCAGUCCUUUUGCUGUGUACAUGGAGUGCAGUGAGAUUUUUGCUCUCCUAGCCAUGGCUUAUCGCUGUAUGCUGUUGUACCUGAUGGGAAACAUUGUCCUUUGUGCGUUCUGAGCCAGCAUUAACUAUUAGCAGGCACGACAUUAAGUGUUUCUUUAUUCACAACUGCCUUUCCUGGUAGCUUUUAGAAUACACCCGUCACAUCCAAUUCGUUAGAGCUCACAAAUGUGACACUUGGGAGAGCUGAAAAUCCGAAACAUCAAAUGUUACCAUGUGCCUAACUAGAACAUCUUAAUCUUUUAGAAUUGCCUUUCUUUUGAUGGGGAAACCUCUGUGGCGUCCUGCUGUCCAUCCAGACAAAAGAGCAGAUGUGGAAUAUGAGUGUGUGCGUGGGCGCUCAGCUGUCUGGGCAGGGUGCAGACCAAGAGAGCUCCAAGAGUUCCUCCUUAAUUUGGAAAGCAGUAAUUGCAACAUCAGCCCUUAGCAUAAACAUUUACUUAAAGUGACUGAGGAUUACUUAAUUUGCAUAACAGUUAAAUUAUAAAGUAAAAAUCGAAUGGUAAAGAACAAUAAAAUUGAA